GUUCGCGGCCCGGUCUGGAGAGUAGGGGAGUUCCGUUUGGCCCACCUGGACUGAGGUCUCCAACAUGCCAGCCAAACGCUUGAACAAGAGAAAUUCUCCAACAGAAAAUGUCACGACUGAAAGCAAAAAAGUAAAAGUCUUCCACAGGUCUCACCGAACAGAAGCAGGCUUGGUGCUGACCCUGGGCCAGGGGGAUGUGGGCCAGCUGGGCCUUGGCGAAGAAGUGAUAGAGCGGAAGCGGCCUGCCCUGGUUCCCAUGCCUGAAGGCAUCGUGCAGGCUGAGGCUGGAGGGAUGCAUACUGUGUGUCUGGGCAAGAGUGGUCAAGUCUACACCUUUGGCUGCAACGAUGAGGGUGCCCUUGGGAGGGACACCAGUGUAGAAGGCUCAGAAACUCUCCCGGGGAGAGUGGAUCUGUCAGAGAAGGUGGUGCAGGUUUCAGCAGGAGACAGCCACACCGCUGCACUCACUGAGGAUGGUCGAGUUUUCCUCUGGGGCUCCUUCCGGGACAAUAAUGGAGUCAUUGGCCUCCUGGAACCCAUGAAGAAAAGCAUGGUCCCUGUACAAGUCCAGCUUGAGGCACCUGUGAUAAAGGUGGCAUCAGGCAAUGACCAUCUGGUGAUGCUGACAGUAGAUGGCAACCUGUACACAUCAGGCUGUGGGGAGCAGGGCCAGCUGGGCCGGGUACCUGAGUUCUUUGCCAACCGUGGGGGCCGGAAAGGACUUGAGAGACUGCUGAUCCCCCAGUGUGUGCUCCUGAAGUCUAAAGGCCAGCGGGGCUCUGUCCUCUUCCAGGAUGCCUUCUGUGGUGCCUAUUUCACCUUUGCUGUCAGCCGUGAGGGCCAUGUUUAUGGCUUUGGCCUCUCUAAUUAUCAUCAGCUUGGUAUUCCAAGCACAGAGCCUUGCUUUGCUCCCCAGAGCCUGACAUCAUUCAAGAACUCCACAAAGUCCUGGGUGGGCUUCUCUGGAGGGCAACAUCACACAGUUUGUCUGGACUCAGAAGGUAAAGUGUACAGCCUGGGCAGGGCUGAGUAUGGGCGCCUGGGACUUGGGGUAGGAGUCGAGGAGAAGAGCAGUCCAACACUCAUUCAAAAGAUGCCUGUCAUCUCAUCAGUGGCCUGCGGUGCCUCGGUUGGCUAUGCCGUAGCCAAGGAUGGCCGUGCGUUUGCCUGGGGCAUGGGUACCAACUACCAGCUGGCCACAGGAGACGAUGAGGAUGCCUGGAGCCCAGUGGUGAUGGCAGGCAAACAGCUGGAGAACCGGGUGGUUCUCUCAGUGUCCAGUGGGGGGCAGCACACAGUCUUACUGGUCAGAAACAAGGAGCAGAGUUGAUGAAACCCUUAAUGAAACUGUCUGUUUUCCCUCCCCUCCUCUCCAUGGGAAAGAUAUGAUUCCUUCAGUUGUCAGCAGAAAACCUCCAUCUGCAAACCUCUACCUGCCCCCUCCUGCAGCAGAAAUUGAAUCUUGGCUCCUCUAGAGAAUCAUCUUGGAAACAUCUGGAUGAAGGGAUUGCAUUGAAAUAUGCAAGGGAUGAAUGAUUGAAUGGGUUUUUCCCACCCCAGAGCUGCUGCUCUAUUGUCUGUCUGAUCCUCAUCCACCUUCAAGCCCCCUCAUCCUCGCCUUCCUCUGGCUCUGGGUUGAUGCUUAUUGGACGAAUGUGGUUGGAGCCUUCAUAGGCCCUGUCUCCCACAUUGCCUUUCCCCCUUUAAAGUCAUCUGAACAUUCACUGAACAGCUGGCUUUGUUCCCCUACUCUUCAAUCCUCAGUAUCCACUAUCUCCCUGGCCCUUCCCCAUCCAUCUGGUGCUGUAAGUUAAGGAUGAGGCAUACCCACUUCCCAGAAGGGAACUGGGUUGAUGUUGUUCCCCAGAACUUCAAACAGGUUUCUCAGCCCAGCUCCCCUAGGAAGAGGUCUGGCCAGGACAAGGAAGAAACUACAGGGGUGGAGGGCUGGGCUCAGGAUGCAGACCUAGCCACUCCCCUCUGGCUCACAGCUUCCUCCAGGACAGUGAGUUUCCAGGCCACGGAGGCAAAGACAAGGCAGACCCAACUGACCAAGAAUUGAGCGGCAGUUCCCACAACCCAGCAUGGCCUAAGCAACUCUCUUCCACUGUCUGCCACAGACUAGUCUGACAUCUUGCAGCCAAAUUCCAAACACUGUGAAUGGCAAUCGUGUUUUUCUGGGAAGGAAAAUUACCUUUUUUUAUAAACUAAUUUAUAAAAAUAUGAAAAUGUAAGGAGGUGGGGGGAGGGUUCCUUGAGGAAGGGAACAUUCAUUUGUACAAUAGCUCAGAAAAUAGUUUGAUUUUUUUUUUAAGUGUUUAGAGUAUUUUGGUCAGGGAGAGUAAGAUCUUUUAAUUAACACUUUGAAUAAAUUUUGAGGGUUGGGUUUUGUUUUUUUUAAGGAAUGGAUCUGUUCUCUUCUUUGCUCCAUAUGGGGGUGAAGUUCUCAGUGAGAGCAGAGGGAAGGGAGGGUUCUGUGUCCCUAGAAAUCCUGGAAUAUAAGAGGAUCAAUCCUCUGAGUCCUUUGGCCUCGGAUGACCUUUGCAGACAAUCCUAGGAUUGGUAUUCCUUAAAAAAUGAAUCCUCCAUGAAGUGAAUUCUAUCUAAGGGCCCCGU